AUGGCAGAAAUAGUUAUUGACACUUUGAAGACUGAUCCAAGUGACAUUAAAUUGGAGAAAUUGAAAACCCUUAAAUUUCAAAUGAUCGGCAGUCAUGAAAACAAGGAGAUCUAUUUUAACUAGGGACUUGUAGAGAUUCUAUUCUCGAUGGUGAGCACAGAAUUAGAUGACAAGAUUUUGAAGGAAAUAAUCACCUCAAUUAAUUGCUACUUCUUUAACUUCCCUUAGGCUUAAGAGUGCUUUAAGUUUUUUAGCAGUACUUUUGUUCAGAUGCACUUUUUCUUGACUACUUAUAAGGAUUCCUCACCUUAAUUUAUAGAUAUGGUACUAAGAAUCAUUAGAAAUUCUCUAGUGUCUGGAAUCGUGAAGGCUAAAGAUUUUGAGAACCAGAAUCUAAUUCUUGAACUUGGUACAUUCUUGAAUACCAAAGUUAGAAUCUCUCUGAUAGCUUAGAUCCUUACUAUUCUCUGUCAAAGCAAAGAUUUAAAGCUAGAAAUCGAACAAAACAGAUAGAUACUUGAAAAAAUUCUUGAACAGAUUACUAAAAAUCAAUAUAUAAUCUCAGAUGAGUGCUUGGCAAACUGUGUCUGCGCUCUGGCUGAGGCAAGUGACAAGAAUCAGCAGAUCUCCAGUUUCAUUUUGACAUACCCGCAGGCAGUUGAUGAGUUGACUAAACAUCUUAGACAUCCAGAUAAUGUGAUGAAGGUGAAGUCAUCUAGAAUUUUGUCGAACAUCAAUAGAUAUUACAAACUUCCGACCUUGUAACAAUAGCAGUUUAAAUGGGUAAUCAUGCAAAUGUCUCAGUUACUGCCUGUUUUCUAAGAUGAUUAAGCUUUGAUUAAAGAGAUCUGUAAGAUCAUGAGAGACUUGGCCAAGAAAUCCAAGGAACGCAAGCAUUUGCAAAAAGUGGCUGGUGAUAUAUUGGCGAUUGAGAAACUAACUGAUUUGAUACUAACGUGUAAAAAAGCGAGUGAGGAAGCCUUUGAUGUUGAUGCGUUUAUUGGAGACCAACCAGUCUUAUAAUCUAGCUUCAAAUCUAUGAUACUUAGGACAUUAGCAGCAUUAUCAAGAGAUGAAGAGAAAUGCAGAAAGAAAAUUAUUGAGAACAAGAAGUUCUUGGACGAGUUAUUGCAAUUGAUAAAAUCUGCCAACAAAGACCAGAAUUAUGCGGCCUGCAAGUUAUUCGUGUCCCUCUCUAGAUCAGACAAGAUGCUAAAGCAAAUUAUACUUGAUUCAGGUGAGUUCUUGAAGGAGCUCACGAAGUUUUUCCUGGAGUCAGACAGCGAGCCGAAGCUCUAAAGUACCUGCUGCAAGGCCUUAUGCAACUUAGCUUUUGACUUCUAAAAGUAACUAUCCAGCGAUGCUCUGCUUCUGAGGAAGUUAGUACUGUGCAUUGAUGGGUAAAAUGAAGAACUCAGAGUGGCUUCUUGCUAUACUUUGAAGAAUCUCUUGUUUAGGUGCAAUAAAGAUAUCAAGAUAAUAGUUGUAAAGGAAUUGACUAGCAGAAGACUUAUUUAACUCAUGUCAGACUCAAACUCUAAGAUCUAGGAACAAGCACUUAUGAUUUACAGAAAUCUGCUGCAUCAAACAGAGUAAGACAUAUAGUAGGUGCUCUCUGAUGGGGGCGAUGAGUUUCUGGCUAAACUGGAGACUAAAUUAGACGAUAAGAAUCAGGCUAUUGUUCUGCACAGUCUCUACAUUCUAUCAAGCAUUGCAAGUGGAAACUAAAAGCAAAAGAAGAUUGCGAUGGAUGAGAGAUUCUUCAACAGAUGCCUGCAGAUACUUAAGAGCACUGACAGUUCUCAGAUAAAGAUAGGAGUGCUGAACUACAUCACUAGUCUAGCAUUCAAGGAGAGCGGGGGUUCUUCGGAAAGCAAAAUCAAGAAGUAUUUGACUGAUAUGAAGAUCGGAGACUUGUUAGAGAGUCUGAAGGAAAAGGAGAGAGACCCAGAAGUUAGAGGCUACAUUCAAAGAGCACUUAAAAAACUUAAUUGA